GACUCACCAGACUCCAUUCGGAAAAUCAAUGUUUAUAGUCUCUAACGACGUCGUCUGAGACCAAUAAUCAAUAUUUUGAUUGAAAAACAUUGUGAUUUUUCUGAUUGACGACCAGCGGAAUCUUCUGCAGUAUUUUUGUGAUUUUUUUUGUAUUUUUGUUGGAAAAUUUCUCCUCAUCUUUCUGACAAUGGCUUCUUCUUCUUCUUUCUCCUGUGUUGUUGCUCUACUUCUCUUCCUCGCCCUCGCCACAGAGUCCAGACCGUCACCUCAACGAAACGACAAACAGGUCUUACACUCUCUGUUUGGCUCUCACCUCUCCUCCCUCAUCAUGGGCCCUCCCACCUCUGAUGACAUCACAGAGGGCUCUGCUGGACGCCCCACCCCCUCCUCCUCUCGCCCCGGGGGAUUAGUGGUGAGCGGCGGCGCAGGGCGGGAGGCGGUGCCGCGGUUCUUCCUGGACUUCCUACAGCGGCGCUCCAAGAUGAGGAGGCGGAGCCGGAAGUCGAUGACGGGCGGCCGUGGCUGCUUCGGGAUGAAGAUGGACCGCAUCGGCUCCAUCAGUGGACUGGGCUGCUAGAUAUCAUGACCUCUGAUCCCUGAUCUCUGACCUCUGACCUCCAGGGACACCUGGUUCUCCGUCAGAAAACUUUACUAACUAAAGACAGGUAGAUAUCCUGCUGAUGACCUCUGAUCUCAGAUCCCUGGCUACAACACAGCCAGCAGAACUGUGCGUGUGUGUAUGUGUGGACCAGCUGCAGUCUGACUGCAAGAUGUAACAAAAUAAAAGA